AUGGCUCUCCUAGACCACCAUCAGCUUCAAAUGAUCAAUCUCACGAUGGCCUUCUUGUUUCGGUUACCGAACGGCGGCGAAACGGAAGAGCAACUCACCGUCAUGACCGACGUUCUUAACAAGCUCGACAUACAUCCCUCUUGGGUUGCUAACAAUGUUGUCCGUUUUUCUUCACGUUCGGAGUUGCUUGGUCACAUCAUCCCAAUUAUCGAUAUAACGUAA